CGCAAACAGUGACAAAAAAAGAAGAGGGAAAAUACCAACGAAACUACCUCAACUAAUAAAAUUCUCUCCCUCCCCGCUUUCUUUUCCCACCACUCAUUUCAAUACCACGUUAAAGCCACGAGCUGAUCACGACUGCGACACUGAUCCUGGCCUGUCACUGGAGAAGGUCUUGAUAGAGCCGGGCCACAACAGACCGGCAUCAUCACCUUUUCCGCGCUUGGCUGAUGAUUCACCUUUAGUUGUUUGCAGUAGACUUUGUCACCUUUUGUUUCUGAGACUUUGUCUUCUUGAUUUGUUCGAUCUGCAGCUGUCCAUCAAACCCUCCUCACCACGUCCUGUUCUUCCUGCACAGAAGCACGCCGCUUGGUUGAGACACCACAAGGUGUCUCUGUCCAUUCAACGCCCUUAAACUAAGCACUCAAAUCUCUGUGGCAAUUGACUUGUCUGAUAUCUCCCCGCUUAUUCAUACCAAGCUGCUCACUUGUCCUUGGGGCGGAAAAGAAAUCCUUGGUAGCAUAGCCAGUGAGACGUCAAACUAUGCAAACCAACGUCCAAAGCCCAGCUUCCCAAGAAAUUGUCGACUCGAUCCUAUCUUCUUGAUCAAGUCCCUUGAUCACCUUAGCUCGACAGAAUGUUUGACGUUAUCUGGACUGACCCCAACCGGGAGUCCAUCGGCGAGAGGAAGCAGCGCAAAGCAGCCGAGGGCAAGACCAGAAAAAAGGAAGAAAAGCGAUUGUUUCGAGCUUCAGUCUCGACACAUUCAUCUGGUUCAUCCAGUGUCGACAAGCCUAUGCCUGGAGCUCAUGGCACAUUCGAUCACAAGAAAACAUCGCCACUCUCAUUGAGAACAGUCACUGGGAUACAGACCCAACCUGAGCCUCUCCUUGGCGGCCCAAUAUCUCCCACAUCUUCAAAUAACAGCUGCGCAAAUCGGCCUAUCCAGUACAUCGAAGAUGGUGCCCUUAAAGACAGAAUUUUGGAGGACAUCUCCGAGACGUCUCCAGGCUUGGAGUCCAGAGAUUCAAUAUUUUCUAGUCAUAACGACUAUGCAUCUGCGCCCAUGACACCGGCUUCUGUCUUUGGCGGAUCGCAUGCCCAACCGGACUCGGCGUCAAAGGUCGUACAAAACCUGGGCCCUUCUUCGUUUGUCACCAAGACUACCGAGGUCGUAUCUGCACCGCGGUCACCAGAACUCGAUUGUGAUCAUGUUAUUUCUGAUGUGAUCAUUACUGCGGAUUCAUCUCAUCGCGUUGUGCUACCUGCGACUCCCCCAUCCCCCAAAGAGCUGGGAAAGGCCAUCCACACCAAGAAGUGGCUGGCCUCAAUUCCUAAUCGCACGCGUUCGCUUUCCCCAUCGAAAGACGACAUCAGCCGUAGGCUCGGCCCUCUACCUCCUAUCCCAAAGAAAACACCGCCUUCGACACCAAAAAACCCUCGAGGACUCACCAUAGCAGCACCGAGCUCUGUUUUCCGCAACGACAACCCUGAUGCCUGGAAGCCUCCUGACACUUGGGAGUGCAGUCCGUCUGUCAAGGCUACAGCGACAUCACUAGAUGCAUUAGUGGGGCCGCAAACUGCGGACCAGACUCGCAAGUCCAGCUUGAUAUCAUUGGAUCUCAUUGCCAUGCAACGCGAGAUGAAGAUGAUGGAAGCCGCAACCCCACAAACAAUCUUGACCCGUUUGAAUGAGGAGUGGAAUGAUUCUCAGGACCCAGCUCUGUACCAGGAGAUGGCAAUGGAGAAGCAACGGUGGAUGCUAUCGGCCAUGUACAACGUGGACCGCCCUGGCGUUGACGGCUCGGACAAUUCGAGCAUGGUGCCUGCAACUCAAGGUCAGGGGCAGAAGAUUCUUGCUCUAUUUGAGAGUCCUGCCACUGCUUCAUAUCUAGCCGCCGCUCACUGCAACUCGUUGAUAUACCACACCUCGCCAACUCCGAUUUCAAACGACUUAUUCCCGAACGUGCUUCCCACAGUUCUUCCGGUGGUGUCUCACUCGGUUCUUUCGACAGCACCGGACAUGUUCUCGGCCGUCUAUUGCCUGUCACUCCCCUCGCUUGUGCCGUCUUCUGAAAUCCCGCCGCUACUGCGUAAUAUCUAUCGCACUCUUGCACCGGGAGGCUCACUGCACCUGACACUGAUUGAUCCAGCUCCUGUGACUCGGUCCCUCGGUCCACGUAUGCGACAGUGGAUGGAGGAGAAUCUUCAGGACAAUCUGGAGAGAAACUUCCGCUGUGUAAAUCCGAGAAAGCUGGUUCCAGGCUGGCUAGGCGAUGCCCAUCUAAGGGCUUAUGGCAGCAUUAUCACAACGGUCAAAUUCUUUGCAGUGCCACCACGUCGAGCUCCGAGCGAUGCUAACCUCAGAGCUGGUACUUCAUCUGGGGUCAGUGGCGAGGACGGCACAAGCAGCAGUGCCGGUAGCACUUCAAGCAGUAAAAAGGCAGGUAUUCAGGUCCGAACUGAGCUUCGAAGCACCGUCGGUCGGAUGCUAUGGAGGGAGGUCUGGGGCCAGUACAUCAGCACUACAAAGUGGUGGUGGGAAGACCCGCUCUGUGUCAGGGAGUGCCAGGAACUCUCUACUUACUGGGAGUACAAUAUCAUCGUGGCCACCAAGGAGUCUAUUGCUUCUGACAAGUCCGGUUAAAUACGAUGCGCCAUGACGGAAAACAGACUACGUGGGAUUCUUUAGGCUGCAUUUUGAACUAGAGAAAGACCACCACCAUUGUCUAAAUUGAGACUAUCGAGGCCGAACGGCUUCGACUGAGUGUUGUCUGCUAGUUGCAGUUCUGCUGUUAAUAGUAGUCUGUCAUUCUAUCAGUGGCCCAGCUGCCUUUGCAGGUCUCUCAACAACCACUUACUUCCCUCUUCAACCAAGAUUAAUUUCACAAGCGCCUAUCAUAAGAUACUUGAGGAUCUUUGUCAGUUUAUUUGUUUCAAAAUCUGCAUCUGUCUCGUUUACAAAAGGAAGAGCCCUUUUUUAUAUGUUGUGGUACCACGCCAAAUUUCUUUCAUUUGAGGACUCCAGGUUCAUGGCGUACAAAUGUUGUUGGGAGGGCACAGCUUGAGGGGGUUUGGAGAGGGGACUGCUUGGGAAUAGAAGUUUGCACGGAUGAUAUUGUAAAUGCGAUUCUUUCGAAA